GUUAGAUUGCUGUCGAGAGUAUUUGUGUCAAAGUUUUUGUACAAUAACAUCGAAACAAAAACCUGACUGAACUUCCCGAUUGCCAGAAGAAAUUGAUUGUGUGAUGCAGCUUCGUUUCCCUAUUCUGGUCAUUCUAUGUGCAGCAAAGAUCCUCAACGUCUUCGGAAAAUGUGCUCCUUCGACUCACUCAAUAAGCGGCUACCACCUGUCUGGUCACGUGAUGUCCACCAAGAUUGUCUCCAGUUUUUCUGAGUGUGUGACCAUGUGUGUAACUAAGAUCCGCUGCAAAAGUUUGAACUUUUGUUUAAAAGAUAAAUCAUGCGACUUAAAUGACGCAGGAAGACAUGCCCACCCAAAGAAUUAUGGACCAAAAGCAGGAAUUAUCUACAUGGAUGUGUCUGAAUCACCCAAGUCUUGUGCAGCAAUACAGCAAGAAUGGCCUCAGGCGGAAAGUGGAUAUUACUGGAUAACGAUUGGGAGAAGAGAAGUUCAGGUUUAUUGUGAUAUGACAAACUACGGUGGCGGUUGGACUUUGGUAGUGACCAUUAGCUCCAAGAGCAACGAUCACCUUCAAGGCACUGAAGUACACUGUUUCCAACCGACAUUGUGUGUUCCCUUUGUCGAAGAGAACAGCGACAUCACGGCGCGAAAAUUAGCAGACAAAGAGAUACAAGAAAUGAUGUAUUUUGAAGGAACUUUUAGAGUUGACGUUUUGAAAAAGAAUGUUACUUACGCCGUUUUUUACCAGAUACCAAGUGGCCGAAAAAAGUUUAACUCAACAUGUGGCUAUGGAACGUGUCCACGCAUAAUCAUUUCUUAUUCUUAUCCUUAUCAAUGGGAGACAAACCGCUGUAAUAAUAUUGACGUGGGCUACCGCAUAUACUCCGACUGCCACAGAGUUUUCGACGGACAUGACGAUGGGGAGUGUGGCCAUUGGUGGACUUCAUCAAAAUAUCAUAUAAGACGAGCCUUGUAUGGUUUCCCACAGUGCCACGACCAAAAUAAUCACGGAAUCUACUACAACAACUCAGGGAUGUUGUUUGUAAAAUAACCCUGCUUCAGAGAAAUAUGCCCUUCAAAGACAACCAUAGCAUGGUUAUCCUCUGAGCUACAGCAAUAGCCGUGGAAUCUUUUUAAACAAAUGCGGG